ACUGCACAGAUUCAGACCAAAAAUACUAGAAACUCAAAAAACAGAUUUAUAAUUUAUCAAUUGGCUAAAUUGUAAAUUGAAAACCCAAGCCCAAGCGUUACGGUGUGUCCAAAUUGCCAGUGCAACCGGUGGAACAGGCGGAGCAGCAGCAGCAGCAGCGUCACCACGGAAACCAGCGGCGCAGCCACAACAAUCGAGCGUUGAGAGUGACGAAAUUGGGAGCGCAGAGAUAACUCCGUCGCAGUUCCAAAGCUUCUAGAGUUUCCAGCGGCUCCCCAGCAGUGGUGAGUAGGCAGCACACCAGCACACCAGUCAUUCACUGCUCAGUGCUUAGUGCUCAGUGCCCAGCGAGCAGUUCCGGCGAGCAGACCCCACGCAGCUGAGCCCCCCCAGAUUCCACACCAGCCGACCGAGCGACAAAGACCAAUCAUGUCCAGCGACGCGAAUACGCCCGUGCUGCGCAACUGCAUCCGGUUGCCGCUGGCGGAGGACGAGCUCCUGGAGGUGACAGCCAAGGCCAAGGACUAUGCCAUCAUGCACGGCGCCGCCAUGCGAUCGAAGACGGCCUUCAGUCCGGACUCCCUGAAUUUCGCCCCCUUUGUGCUGGUGCCUUCCUCGUUUCCGCGCAAGGAGUUCGAGAAGGCGGUGGCCCUGCAGCCGAUCAUCAAUCGGCUGAUGCACAAUGUGGCCCACGACGAGGAGUUCAUCACGACGACGCUGGCGGAGACGAUCAAAGUGGACGAGUUCACGGCCAAUCUGUUCAACAUCUAUCGCAAGGUGCUCGCGCACGGAUUCACCCAGAAAACAUCGCUGGGAAUGCUGCGCAGCGAUCUGAUGCUGGAGUCCGGCUGUCCAGAGCUGUCGCCACGGGUGCUGCGAACGGCGGCUGGUGAGGAUGGUGGUCAGGAUGCGGGCGCUGCUGUGGGGCAAAGAGCUGGAGUUGUCGUUGCUGUCGGAGCUGCCGCUGGCACGGGCAGCAAGGAGAAGGAAUUGCAGCAGGAGCAGGAGCAGAAGCAGAAGCAGCACAGGGAGGUCCAGCUGGGCCGGGCCACCAAAGAGCGGGAACGGAGGGCGAACGGCGUCCAUUCCGCUUACUGCUGCUGGAAGCAAGUCGAGAUCAAUACAAUAGCAUCGGGCUUUGGCCACUUGGGACCAGCAAGUAAAACCAUACAAAGAUUCGUACUCAGCGAGCUGGGACAUGCGGAUAAGCUGCACAAUAUGCCGGAUAACAAUGCCCUGGCCGGACUCUGCGAUGGGAUGGUGAAGGCGUGGGACAUCUACGCGAAGCCGAAGGCCGUCAUCCUGUUCAUCAUCGAGGAUGUGUCGUACAACAUCUGCGACCAGCGCUUCCACGAGUUCUACAUUCGCGAGACGUACCCGCACAUCAAGGUGCUGCGUCGCACCCUCACCGAGGUGCAUCGCGAGGGCAAACUGGGCCAGUCCAAGGAGCUGCUCCUGGGUUCGCAAGAGGUGGCCGUCAUCUACUUCCGAGCUGGCUACGAGCCCGGACACUAUCACUCGCAGGCGGAGUGGGAUGCCCGCUACCUGAUGGAGACCUCGCUGGCCAUCAAGUGCCCCUCCAUUCACUACCAUCUGGCGGGCACCAAGAAGGUGCAGCAGGCACUCGCCCAGCCGGCGGUGCUCGAGCGUUUCAUCAACGAUCCGGAGGAGAUCAAGGCGGUGGGCAAGAUCUUCACGGGUCUCUACUCGCUGGACGACAACGAGGCGGGCAAUGCCAGCUACGAAAUGGCGUUGCGCACGCCGGAGAGAUUCGUGCUGAAGCCUCAGCGCGAGGGUGGUGGCAAUAACGUCUACGGCGUGGAUAUACCCGAUGCGCUUAAGCGCAUGUCACGCGUGGAGCGCUCCGCCUGGAUUCUGAUGGACCUGAUUCAUCCGCCGCUGACCAAGGGCUAUAUGGUGAGGCCCGGUGGCGAUAUGCCGCCCCAGAUCGUGGACAUGGUCUCCGAGCUGGGCAUCUUCGGCGUGGUGAUCGGAGAUGCGGAGCACAUUGUGCACAACUACCAGGCGGGACACAUGCUGCGUACAAAGCUCUCAACCGCCAACGAAGGAGGCGUGGCAGCCGGUCUGGGCGCCCUGGACAGUCCAUAUCUAAUCGAUAGCGAUGACGAGGAUGAGCAGAAGUAGGAUCCUUUAUGAGAUAAAGGCUUUAAACGCCGGCAUUCCACCAGUUGCCUCAGUCUUGUAUGCAUGAUUAUUUUUGUAAAGCGUAUUGUAAAUUUUGCACUAUUUUUCCCGCCCAAAUGGCAAUAAACAAAACGUAAAACUCAAA